CUUUUGCCAUGGAAGCGGAAGAAAUGAUGGAGUGCAUCCAGGAGUUCCCAGAUCAUUAUAAAGUUAUUCUGGAUAGACUGAAUGAACAACGUGAGCAGGACCAGUUUACAGAUAUCACUCUGAUUGUAGAUGGUCACCAUUUCAAAGCUCAUAAGGCAGUUCUUGCUGCUUGUAGCCAGUUUUUCUACAAAUUCUUCCAAGACUUCACUCAGGAGCCUUUGGUGGAGAUAGAAGGUGUAAGUAACAUGGCAUUUCGUCAUCUAAUUGAGUUCACCUACACAGCAAAACUAAUGGUCCAAGGUGAAGAAGAAGCAAAUGAUGUUUGGAAAGCAGCUGAGUAUCUACAGAUGUUAGAAGCAAUCAAAGCACUUGAAAUCAGGAACAAAGAAAAUGCAUCACCCUUAGAAUCAAAUCAAACGCAAGGUAAAAAUAAACCGAAAAAAAGGAAGAUAGCUGAAACCUCUAAUGUUAUCACAGAAACAUUGCCAUCUGCAGAAUCGGAGCCUGUUGAAAUUGAGGUUGAGAUUGCUGAAGGGGCAAGUGAAGUGGAAGAUGACAGCAUUGAAACACUUGAAGUGGCUUCUGCAGAGCAAUCCAUAAAGUACAUACAGACUACGGGUACAUCAGAUGAAUCGGCUUUGGCUCUUUUGGCAGAUAUCACCAGCAAGUAUCGUCAGGGAGAGAGAAAAUGCCAGAUCGAAGAAGAAGGUGACAGUGCAACUGAUCCCUCAUGCAAACAGGUAGAAGGUAUUGAAAUUGUGGAACUUCAGCUGUCACACGUGAACAACUUAUUCCACUGUGAGAAAUGUAACCGUUCGUUUAAAUUGUUUUACCAUUUUAAGGAACACAUGAAAACACACUCUACUGAGAGUUACAAGUGUGACAUAUGCAAUAAAAGGUACCUACGAGAGAGUGCUUUGAAACAGCACCUCACCUGUUACCACCUUGAUGAAGGUGGCGCCAGCAAGAAGCAAAGACCUGGCAAAAAAAUACAUAUAUGCCAGUACUGUGAUAAACAGUUUGACCAUUUUGGACACUUUAAAGAGCACCUUCGGAAGCACACAGGUGAGAAACCGUUUGAAUGUCCAAACUGCCAUGAACGUUUUGCUAGGAAUAGCACACUCAAAUGUCACUUGACAGCCUGUCAGUCGGGAGCUGGAGCUAAAAAGGGAAGAAAGAAGCUGUAUGAGUGUCAGGUUUGUAACAGCGUGUUUAACAGCUGGGAUCAAUUUAAAGAUCACUUAGUAAUACACACAGGUGACAAACCUAACCACUGUACCUUAUGUGAUUUAUGGUUUAUGCAAGGCAAUGAGCUGAGAAGGCACCUCAAAGACAUGCACAACAUUUCAGAACGAAUAGUGACAGAAGAAGUUCUUCCAGUGGAAGCUGUGGAAGCAGAACCAGUAACGUCAAUGACUAUAAUAGAACAAGUGGAGCAAGUCCAUGUGCUACCAGUAAUUCAGGUACAAGUGGAUCCCGCACAAGUAACUGUGGAACAGAUGCACCAGGAUCUCAUACAGGACAAUCAAGUGAGAGGCACUCAGAUAGAUGAACUGCAAGAACAGGUACAAAUUAGUUACUUGGAAGUGGAACACAUUCAGACUGAACAAGGUGCUGAGGUUCAUGUGGAGCAGUUACAUGUUGAGCAUGUAAAUCAAAUAAAAAUGGAAGAAGUACAGGCAGAACUUAUAGAUGGAACAGACCUUGAACAAGUAGAAUAUGAAAAUGUCGAUCAAGGAGAAGCAGAAGAGAAGGAACCUAGUCCAGUAGAAGACGCAGAUAAGGAAGAUCAUGAGCAAGCUGAAGACUUAAAAACUCCACGGUUAGUGGACACACAGAAUGAAAAGGUGGAUGACUAGGACAAAUAACCACAUUGUGCAGGUUUAGGAAUGAAAUACCAAAUUAUUUUUGUUAACUUCUACAUUGGUUUUUGCACCAUCAAUGAUCAGCUUUCCGAUAUGCUGUCCUUAGGAAGCUGGACAAGUGGACCAAAGUUAAUUUUCUUCAUGUACAACUAAACUUCUCUUAUACAUGAGAAGUAACUUUCCCAUUCAUGUAGUACCAAGGAGAGAUGGACACCUUUGUGAGGAUUUUCAUAAUGAAUUGCUUGUAUCACACUUAUGCCAUGCCCAGGUAUAUAUAAAAGUAAUUUGACCUCUUUUCCUCUUGCCAUAGAAGCAAGCUCUUGUUACAGAUUUGCAGGGUGUCUGUGGCCAAAGGAUUAGUUAAAAUCUGGUGGGUUCUAAUGUAAAUGGCCAGUUGGGUACCUGUGAAUGUUCUAGGCAAACUGUUUGCCAUCCAACAGCAGUGCUGUAUCCUAACAGCAAUCCUUGCUUUCCUUUUAAUCUGAGAAUCUUUCUGUCAACCUGGUACUUCUGAACUGUCAGGCUGCGGAAAAAUCAUGGAGGUCUUGGAGCACAAAAAUCCUGUGCCUUUUCAACACUGACUGAUUAAACUUCCACAGAGCUCCUAGAGUGUUCAAGAACCUAGUGCAGUUAAAGGCAAUGUAGGUAAUGAUAUAGUGCUUUAUAUUUUUGCUUAAAAUUGUCUCAGCUACUGAUUUUUUU